AUGUCAGGACAUUUGAAGAGGAUGCUGAUCCUGGGGGGCGGUAUGGUCGCCCCGCCUUGUGCGGAAUACCUCAUUUGCAGUUCGAACAAUCAGAUUACGAAACUCGCUCCACAGUUUUCCUACACUGAAGCCAUCAGUCUUGGUGAUUCCUCUCCCAGCGACCUCGACAGACAUAUCUCGAAAUACGAUAUUGUCAUUUCGCUUGUGCCAUGCGUUCAUCACGCGAACGUGAUCAAAUCCGCUAUCAAGAGUAAGACACAGGUUGUCACGACCAGCUACGCCUCAGGGGCUAUCAGAAGCCUGGACGGGCCUGCUCGAGAGGCCGAAAUAACCAUUUUGAGCGAAGUUGGGGUUGAUCCUGGAGUUGAUCACUGCUAUGCCAUCAAGAAGAUAGACGAGGUCCAUGCCAAAGGAGGCAAAAUACUCGAGUUCUACUCGUACUUUGGGAGUCUCCCGGCUCCUGAAUGUGCAUCAAAUUCUCUGGGCUUAGAGUUCUCUUGGUCAUCGCGAGGAGCAUUGCUUUCACAACAAAGCUCCGCCCGCUUCCUCAAAGAUGGCACAGUUGUGAAGAUAUCUUUUAACGAGAUCACGAGCAAAGCAGGCUCCUACCCUGUCAUGGAUGGGUACCAUUUCGUAGCGUACCCAAACCGGGACUUUGUCCCUUUCCGUGAUUUCUACGAUGUCCCGGAAGCGCAUACUAUCAUACGGGGCUCAUUGCGAUACGUAGGCAAUCCUGCCUUCAUGCAAGUUUUGUCAAAUCCUAGGUGGCUUGAGCAAGACGAGCAAGAAUGGUUGAAAGAAGGGAUGACCUGA